AUGUCGUCGGGCAAGGUCAAGGCUGGUGCGCUCUGGGGCAAGAACAAGGAUGAUUUGACGAAGCAGCUCGCUGAGCUCAAGAGCGAGCUCGGUCAGCUUCGCAUCCAGAAGGUCGCUUCGUCCGGCACCAAGCUGAACAAGAUCCACGACCUCCGCAAGUCGAUCGCCCGUGUCCUUACCGUUAUCAACGCCAAGCAAAGGGCUCAGCUCCGCCUGUUCUACAAGAACAAGAAGUACGCUCCUCUCGACCUCCGACCCAAGCAGACCCGUGCCAUCCGCCGCCGACUAUCACCCGAUGAGAAGUCCCGCGUGCUGGAGAAGGCCAAGAAGCGCAGCGUUCACUUCCCCCAGCGCAAGUUCGCCAUUAAGGCUUAA